AUGGGCCGCGGCUCCGGCAGCGCGGAGCUGGCCAUGGCCGCACCGCCCGCCCGCUGCCCCGACUGCCCGCGGCCGGAGCGGGGGGGCGGCGGCGCGACCCCCGCCGUGCCACACCUCGCCAUUGCGGUGGACGAGGGGGACGUGCUGCCCGGGGCGCUGCGGAUCGUGCGGCGCCUCAGACCCGCCUGGGACCCGGCCACGGUGAAGACCAAGCUCUUCACCGACGGCAUCACCAACAAGCUGGUGGCCUGCUACACGGACGAGGGCAUGGGGGACGCGCUGCUGGUGCGGGUGUACGGCAGGAAAACCGAGCUGCUGGUGGACAGGGAGACGGAGCUGAGGAACUUCCAGGUGCUGCGAGCCCACGGAUGCGCCCCCGACCUCUACUGCGCCUUCCAGAACGGGCUCUGCUACCAAUUCCUGCCGGGAAUCGCGCUGGGACCGGACCAUGUGAGGGAUCCUCACGUCUUCAGGCUGGUGGCGCGGGAGAUGGCCCGAGUCCACGCCAUCCACGCCAACGGGAGCCUCCCCAGGCCCAUCCUGUGGCAGAAGAUGCACAAAUACCUCAGCCUGGUGAAGACAGAGCUCAGCCCAAAGGUAUCCAACGCCAGCCUCCCGCGGGACGUGCCCGGCCCCGAGGCGCUGGAGCAGGAGCUGGCCUGGAUGGAGCAGACGCUGUCGCCGCUCGGGUCCCCCGUGGUGCUGUGCCACAACGACCUCCUGUGCAAGAACAUCAUCCUGGACAGGACACGAGAGCGCGUGCGCUUCAUCGACUACGAGUACACGGGGUACAACUACCAGGCCUUCGACAUCGGCAACCACUUCAACGAGUUCGCAGGUGUGAAGGAGGUGGAUUACGGCCUCUACCCCAGCAGGGAGACGCAGCUGCAGUGGCUGCACUCCUACCUGCAGGCCUACAAGGAGCUCACCCAGGGCCACCCAGGUGACAGCCAGGUGUCCCAGGAGGAGCUGGAGACCCUCUACGUGCAAGUGAACAAGUUCUCCUUGGCGUCCCAUUUCUUCUGGGCCUGCUGGGGGCUGAUCCAGGAUAAAUAUUCCACCAUAGACUUUAAUUUCUUACGAUAUGCAAAGUUGAGGUUCAAACAGUACUUCAAGAUGAAGCCGGUGGUCGCAGCCCUGCAGCUCCCCAAGUAGGGGCACCCCGAGCUCUCCUGUCCUGGCCGUGCCCUCGCGCCCCCUUCACCCCUUUGCCCAGGGGGACACGAGGAGCCCCGCCCGGCCACCCCCGUGCCAGGAGAGCCUGGCCACCCCCAAGAGUGGACCACGAGAUGCUGGAGAGGACCAGGGCCCUGGCGAGGCCCCAGCCCAUGCCAGGACGCCUCACCACCGCCUUAACGCCGAGCCCCGCUCGGCCCCGGUGCCCGGCAGGUCCGUGCCCGCUGGCACUGCUGCUGCUGCUGCUGCCUGGCACUGCCCCUUCCCCUGCUCUGGCCCUGAGGGGGACACGGGGUCACCCCAGAGCUGCCCCGCUUUGGUCACUUUGGCUGUCCCCUCCUGCCCUGAUGGGUGCCACCCCCAAAGCAGCGCUGUCCCAGGUCCCUGCUGGCCCCAGGGACAGGACCUUUGUCCCUUUGGGGUGGCAGCUGCUGGCAAAGGGGCAGUGCCAGCCGUGAGCCCCUGGCACCAGUGGGGUGCUGCUGGUGGGCACUGGGUGUCCCCACAGCUGCCCCUGCCUGUCCCCACUGUCCCCUUGGCUUGGUGGCUUCCCCCCUACCCUCAUCUCUGCCUUCAGGGUCUUCUGGGGACAUCCAGGAGGGUCUGUCCUGCCUGUCCCCACCCAUCCAGCUCCUGGCAGCAAUCAGGGCCCUGUGUCACCCCUGGCUGUGGGGACAAGGUGACUGUCCCUUCUCUGGGCACAGGGAUGUCCCCUAGGGCCCUGUGUCACCCCUGGCUGUGGGGACAAGGUGACUGUCCCUUCUCUGGGCACAGGGAUGUCCCCCAGGGCUGGCACAUCCAUGCUUGUUUCAGUGGUAGCUGCAAUUUGGGGCUGGUGGAUCUGGGGGCUCUGGGGGUGCUCCGGUCCCUUCUGUACCCCGAGAUGUCCCCAUCCAACCCAGGCCCCCACUCUCUGCUCCAAAAAAAGUCACUUUUAUUGUGCCAAGGGCCAGGGGGAGGAACGAUUGUAAACAGGGAUGUGAAAUAUACAGGUUAAGUUACUCGUCGUCUUAUUAACAAAAUAAAGCUCUAUCUAUAUUUACAA